AUGGCGGCCUAUCAUCUGGAAGAUGAAGUCAAGUCCGCAUCGCCCGCGAUACUAGCCUCUAUUGAUACGCUUGAUGCGUUCGCCCGCAAACUUUAUAGACGCGCACGCAAUGCCGGCUCCAGCUUUGAGGUUGUCGCAACUGUGGUUCGUGACUUGCACACCGUGCUCAAGCAUCUUAAGGUCGAAGCGGAGGACCCCGAAUCUCUGUUGAACAGCGAAACUAGCGCCGUUUACACACGACAGUUAGCACCUAUGAUAGAGGAUGCCGAAUUUGCUCUGAAGCAGCUCGACACCAUCCUAGAGAGGUACUUCGACGGCAGUUCGUCUGGAUCUAGUGUCAGCGGAGACGGUGAACGCCAUGUCAUAGUGAACGAUAGUGACAAGGGCUGGACUAUGCUGGACAGUCUGGAGCUCGAUAAGGUUGAUCUCAUCCGCAGCAAGCUUGCGAGUCAGAAGCUCAGCAUCGACAUGUUCCUCGACACCAUCCAAUUACACAAUCCCAGUAAAUCACGUCAGUUAGUGGACACUACUAGCACCGACCUCGAAGCUAUUAAGGACAAGGUCGACGCAAUAGCCUCGCGCCUUUGUCAGCGCAAGGAUUCAGGCUUUGGUGAAAAUGAGGAUCAGCUCUGGGAGCAAUUCAGAGACGCGCUCGAAGAGGAAGGAUUUUCGAAGGAUGUGUUGCGGAAGAACCAAGACAUUUUAAGAGCGUAUAUCCGUCAAGUUGACGAGCAAAUUACAGCCUUUGGCGGUGGUGCUCCUUCUGUGAGGGGGUUUCUAGAAAAUUAUACACCACCAACAGAUUCCGACACUGUUCCACCCUACCCAGCUCAUCCUGGCUCAACUGAUUCCAGCGAAGGAGACCUUUAUAGUCCCAAUCUCAACAAUGAAAAGUAUUUUUCUUCUAUGAAGAUGGAUCGGCUGCAAUAUGAUGAUUAUCCAUCCCAACCUACUCAACUAACAAGUCGAGAUACCGGCCUUUCCUACGACCACCAAUCAUCUGAUGAUCAGAAUGGAUCGCCUACAGGCUCAAUGGCCUUAAUAUCCACGCGCGAACUUAUGGCACUAGACCAACAAAACAAUGACUUAGCCAUGGUGAUGGGCAAUAUGCAUAUGCAAAAUAUACCACCGUCCACAAACGGGAACUAUGUGGCGUCUGGCUCCCGACCUCAAAAGUAUUUACCUCCUUCAUCAUCACAACCGCUUCUUCUUUCGCCUUCUAAUCGUACUUUCACUCUGGAUGAGCCAUAUGAUUAUGAACAUGACCCACCUCCCCGAUAUGUCCCUUCACUGCCGCCCCCUCCGCUUGGUAUUAACAGAAACUCUCCGCCUACUAUCAAUGCCAAUUCGGUAUCCGCGCCGUCUCUUAUCGGGAAAGAAGCGGCAAUGUCAUCUCAGGAAUCCAAAAACAAUCGACCUGUGCGCCUAGGACCUGACAGUCAAGGUCGAGAAAUCCCCCCUGACGCUAAAUGGACGCGUAUACGCCGGAGCCUAGUGUCACCUGAAGUCCUCGCGCGAGAAGGCCUACGCUACGAAGCGCGACCGGAGUUUGUGGCCGUACUCGGCGAACUGAAAAGGGAGGAUGUUGCUGAGCUGGCAAGGAAAACCGCAGACGUCCGCAACGCACGGAGGCGAGGGAUGGCGGAUGCCUCUGGUGGCCCAUUGCCAGGUAGCCAUGAUGGGAGAAGAAAGCGGCCAGAGGAUGCUUACCAUCCCGAUAAGUACCGGAAUUGGGAUGUUAUUGAGAGUCGACGCAAUCAGAAUGGUCCUGGUUACGUAAUCGACCCCCAUCGUAGCUAUCGCGCGAAUAGCACUGUCAGUUCCACCGGCGAUAUCUGGGAUUCUAGCGAUGAUGAAGCAUCUUCAGAUACUUAUGGUCACCCUCCAAUGGGUCGCGGCCCAAGUUCAUACCCCCCUCCUUCUCAGGCACAUCCACCCUCAUAUCGCCAGCAGUAUAAUCACCGCAACGGAUCAACUGGAGUGGCAGCAUCCGCUGAUGGCGAUGACAAGGGCACCAAAGUUUACCCGGUUAUUGUGCCUUCGCCGGUAGAAAAGGAGAAAAACGGGGAGAGUCGCGAAAAGACGAGCCCUUCGGCGACCGUGAAGCCCAAACCUAUUCUCAAAAAUAAGAAUGAUGAUCCACAUGUGCGAUUCGAUCCGGAGCCCCAAGUCUUUGACGACUAUGGGAGCUCCUUGUCACAAAGCGCCGGGCGGCGAGACCGGGGAAAAGAGAGUAACGAACGAGAUUACCGAGAUAGAGAUCGGGAUAAAGUUCGCAUGAGAGACAGGGACCGGGACAGAAGGCACCGACCGGAUCGCGAUGUCGAUCGAGAACGUCGCUCUGACCGUGAUGGUGAUCGAGAUCGCGAGCGCGAGCAUCGCGGCGGCAGUAGCAAGUACUAUACAAGUACUUCCGGUGGCCGACGUGGCGACCGUGAUGACCGGCGCUACCGAGAUGAUCGUGACCGCGACCGAGAUCGAGACCGCGAUAGGGGAACCCGCAAGAAGGCUCGAAACGAAACCCUUCGCGCAGUUGGAAUCGGCGGUGCUGCCGCCUCGUUGUUGAGUGUGUUGACAGAGGCUGCAGCAGGCUUGUAG